UCCAGGAAGAGGAAUAUUUUGCAUCUGACUGGUUGACUAGAAAACAUAAAAGAAAAAGUUCCAUUGUUGUUCUUAGAAUAACACUAAGUGAAAAGAGGGUAUUUAACUCACUGCCAAGCUUCUUCAAAUAUUCAUAUUAGAUCCUAUAAAUUAGCAGCUGUAGCAACAGAAGAGUGUGGUCCUUACCUGGUGUCAACCAAGGAGUGUUUUUCUGAAAGGGGGAAGUCAUAACAUCCCUUUUAGCGGACUCCAGUAAGCCCAUUAUGACUGAAAGGAAAGGUUAUGCUGGAAAUGGGCUUGUUCAUGUUAAAAACCCUCAUUUGGAUUCAAUGGACGAAGAUGUUCUUUAUCACUUAAAUUUAGGAACUAAAACACACAACCUACCAGUGAUGUUUGGUGAUGUAAAGUUUGUCUGCGUUGGUGGCAGCCCUAACAGAAUGAAAGCUUUUGCUCAGUUCAUGCACAAAGAACUUGGACUUGAAGGAGAUGGGAAAGACUUGAAAGAUAUUUGUGCUGGGACAGAUCGGUAUUCUAUGUACAAGGCUGGACCAGUGCUCUCCAUCAGUCACGGGAUGGGUGUUCCUUCCAUUUCUAUUAUGCUUCAUGAACUAAUCAAAUUACUACACCAUGCAAAAUGCCGUGAUGUUACUAUUAUACGCAUCGGUACUUCUGGGGGCUUAGGCAUUGACCCUGGAACUGUUGUAAUCACAGAUAUCGCAGUGGAUUCAUUUUUUAAGGCUCGGUUUGAGCAGGUGAUACUGGAUAAUAUAGUUGUACGAAGCACUGAACUUGAUAAGGACCUUGUUGAGGAGCUACUGAACUGCAGCAAAGAGAUUCAUUACUUUCCAACACUUAUUGGUAAUACUAUGUGCACCUAUGAUUUUUAUGAAGGUCAAGGACGAUUAGAUGGAGCAUUGUGUUCUUUUUCCAAUGAAAAGAAGUUGGAGUACUUAAAGAGAGCUUAUGAUGCUGGUGUAAGAAAUAUUGAAAUGGAGUCAACUGUAUUUGCUGCUAUAUGUGGGCUUUGUGGUCUAAAAGCUGCUGUUGUCUGUGUGGCACUCCUUAACCGACUCGAAGGUGACCAGAUUAAGGCACCCCAUGAAGUUCUAGUAGAAUAUCAGCAACGGCCUCAGCAUCUGAUCUCAAUUUUUAUCAAAAAGCGUCUUGGGUUAUAUAACCAAAUGGAAUUACUAGACAAUGCAUUUUUCCUGAAUAAGUAAGGGAAAAUAUACCCUGCCAAUACACAAAAUGAAUGUCUUAUGUAUUUAUCUCUGUAUAUUGAUACGUAUAGGCAGACAUAAAUAUAAUGUUGCUGUGUAGUGAAUUCAAAUAUAAAUAAAACUGUUUAUAGGGAAACAGAA